GUCCAUGCGUGUGUUCCUGUUGGCGAAAGCAUAACGAUAAUCGCCGUGUGCUUCAGGCGCCCACCGAUUCCGGAUCAGUUCUUUGACCUGUUCGCCACACCAGCAGUCCAGCGAUGAUGCACUGCGGCCCCGCAGACGUCUCCCUGGGGUAGGCAUCGUGAACCCCCAACCUGAUCGACGUCGACGACAACCUCGCCGACAACCUUCAUGGCGAAGGACACACGAAGCUACCGAUAUACCACGCUUCUUUGCCACAUAGGCACGCAGCCUACAACAAGAGAGGCUCCAGCCAACAUUUCCGGCCGCGUGCCGUGAUAGCCUCUGCCCAACAUGCCCGACUUCCUGAGCUCCUUCUGGGGCUCGGACCUCCCGAAGCGCAUCCUCCGGUACGCCCUCAUGCGGCUGGACCUCCUCGACACGGAUGCUCUGGACAUGGACAAGCUCGAUUUCACGCUUGGUAGGAACACCGUCGUCACAUUUCAGGAUGUCGGCAUCAAACUCCAGAAACUAGAGAAACUCCUCAGCUUGCCGCCGACGUUCCGACUGCAGAGGGCUCGUGUGCUAUCACUGCGAAUAACGAUCCCCGCCGCGAUCUACUCCAGUCCCAUCGUUGUCGAAGUAGACGGCGUGCAAAUAAAGCUUCGCGUCGGUAGUGCAGAUACCGAUAAAGACCCCCGCAGUACAGACAGGACAAAAACGGGACGAGAUGCGGCGGGCGGCGACCACGAGGACGAGCUAAUGCCACAUGCUAUUGACUUGGCACAGUCGUUCCUUGAAGCCCAGCCUGUCACCGAGAAGGCGGAGCUCCAGGCAGCACUGAACGCGGAAGCACAAGAUCUGGCCGCUUCGAUAGCAAGCAGUGAAGAUGGGAGCGAUGAGGACUCCGCGCUGGGAACUGGCCAGGCGCUCUCGCUGCCGGCGUUCUUGGCCAACUUCCUCCAGGGCAUCGCAGAUCGCACCCAGGUGUCGAUCAAGGGCAUCGUUUUUGAGAUGGAUGUCCACAUACCGCUCGAACAGAAUUCCAAUAUUCCAGAGCUCGUCACAUUCCAGCUCGGCAUUGACGACAUAGAUAUUGAGGGAGUCACAAACGAAAUCCAAGCAACCCCAGCCGAAUCAGAUUCGCCAAGGAUACCGCCAAAAGAAGGGAAAAGGCUGAUCGUGCUCAACAAAAUCAGGGCGUGUCUUAUUUCAGAGGCCAACGUCUUCUCAACUCUUGCACGGACACCUUCGAUGCAAUCGUCUGCCGCGGCGACAUCUCCAACCACCACCCGAAGACAAUCCUUGUCGCCAGAGACAGAGAGCGCUGCCGCCUCAGUUUCAAGCCUUCCAGGUGGGCACCUCGAAGAAACCACACAGUUAGAUCAGACGCAGUAUUACGCCAUGAUGGACAGCGAAGACGCCUUCAACAUACCGUACGAGCUGGAUGAGUCUAGCCAGGGCGCGGAACCCCCUGAGUCAAGAUCCCCGCCACUGACUCCACGAGCGAAUGCGACAGAAUUACCUGCAAGCCCGGUGGCCGAUAGAUUACUCCUGCGCCCAUCGCGGUCAAGCCUCGAGCCCGCUCCUGAGAUGUGGGCUUCUGUACAGUCACAUAGCCGGACUGAACCUCUUAGCUAUGGUUCGGCAGGCUUUGGAUCUCAGUUGCACGAGCUACCGGAAAGGACUCUCAACCGCAAGUCAAGCAUGACGGAUAGUGUGACUUCGAGCGAGCCUGGCGACAACGAUCUGGAGCGCUCGCAAGUGUUCAGUCACGAAGAUGCCGAGAGCAUGUACAUGAGCGCAUUCUCCAAUGCACCUGAAGUUCAGACACAGUCAAGGAUACAUGAAUUGGAGGCCAGUUCUUCUUCAGAUGCCGAACAACCAAGACAAGCGAUGCCAAGCGACGCACCAGUGUUGGACGCACUUGGCUUGACAAGUGCAGACAGAAUAUCUCCACCGCCAGCAGUCGACCGCAGCACGCAGGAAUACGCAGAGCUCAGCUCACGCCCUGCUGUGGGAUUCAGCCAAGCAGCAGCUUCUUCUGACACCCAAGAGGCUACUGCGUCGGCGACAGCUCGGGCUCAAAGUUCAGACGAAGUCAUGACACCUAGAGGGCCAACGAGGCUCGUCAAGGAACUGGUCUCGCUCGCCAAUAUUGCCAUUCACAUGCCCUCCAAGCAUCAGUCGAUCCAAUUGCCUCCAGGAGCUGAACCGUUUCCCAUGUCACAAUCAGCGCGCCACAGUCUGGACCAGUCCAUAGCUGCAAAUAUGCCUGGUGCAUUCUCCGUGUAUUCACCCGGCCCGGUGCGAGACAGAUCGCCACACCAGGAGAGGAAAGAACUUCCAACAGCCCCGACGUGGGAUGAUAAGAUCGAGGUUAAGCUGGCUCCGCUCGUCAUAAGAUUUGAUCUGUCGACUGGGUUCCUCUUGGCCAUGGUUGUGUCGCAGCUCCUGUCCGCCUUAAAUUCCAGUCAGCCAAGUCAAGGCAAGGUCAAGAGUGAGGACAACAGCCCACGUACAACUACCCCAAGCAUGGCCAUUGUUAUGGAGCAGAUAUGCAUACAUUUUAUGGAGAAUUUGUCUGGAGUGGCAGAUACGGCAGAACGAGCCCUCAAACCAGCUCCGGCCCUGGAUACUGACGCGCUGCUAAGUCUCAAUCUUCGGGAUCUGGCUGUUGAUAUUGCCAGUGCUGAAGGGACGACCGUGACCUCAGUCGAUCUCACCAAAUUCAGAUUCGGGUACGGCAACGACGACAUAAUAUCGCUGGAUCAACGGCUUCAGAUGCGCGCCUCCGUACGCGAUGCGUUCCCUUCUGCAGGCUCCGACAUCUCGCUCAAGAUCAUCCAAACCCAGGACUCGACUCGCUGUGAGGUGAAAACGCUGCCUGUUCAUGUCAAGCUCGAUUUGCAACGACUCGAUGAGACAUUCAGCUGGUUUGGAGGUCUGAGUAGUUUCCUCAACAUGAGCUCGUCGAUGACAUCAAGCCACAGCACCCAAACGACUCCUCGAAGUCCGACCAAAGCACCGAAGAAGACAACCCGUGGCGUGCGGUUUGAUGCACCGAUAAGAGUAGACGACGCAUCGGCUACGUCCGAGAAUAAGGUCAAUAUUCGAGUUGGCGGAUUACACUUGGAUUUGAUCGGAAAAGAGUGCAGCAUGUCCCUCGACACGAGUGCAGUGAAAGUGGUGAGCCGCGAGGAGGGCGUCGGCGUGGGCAUAACCAAGAUUGAGGUGGCGGGGCCAUUACUUCGUGGCUCCAUGGCAACACCUCCCAUUCAGAUCUCGGUCAACAACGCCAGGAUAGAGUACCUCAUGACGCCAAAAGACGUUGAUCUGGAGCGGCUUCUCGAGCUAAUCACCCCAUCGAAGUACAAAUUCGACCAGAAAGACGACGAGAUCAUGGUAGACACUCUACUCCGGCAAAGAAGAAAAGGCGCUGUCUUGCGGGUCAAUGUCGAUGACGUGCAGGCGGAAGUUACAAACUUACCACUCCUCCAUGUCUUACCUGGGCUAGGAGAGGAAGUUGCGCGACUUUCGACUGUCGCUAAGUAUCUGCCAGAGGACGAUAGGCCAGGCAUCCUUACACUCGGUCUGAUCCGCAACAUUGACAUGAGUGUCGACGUUGGGGGCAAGCUCGGCUCGAUUCAGUCCUCGCUCAAGGACCUGGAGGUGGGCCACAUUUCGGUCCCGUCACUGGUAGCACUCGGCAUCAGUUCCGUUUCGAUUCGUCGCAACCACAAGGAGGAGCUGGUCGGCAAUGCAGUCUCAUCUCAAUCAAGCUACGGCCCUGUCAUUACCAUGCGCAUCAUAGCCGACGAAAUGGAGCCCGUCAUCAGGUUGCGUAUGCGACACAUCAACGUUGAAUACCGCGUGCCGACCGUGAUGGAUAUGCUUGGGCUUGGGGACGAGACGACGCCACAGGAGUUCGAGGCUUCCCUAGCAUCAUCUGUGGCGAACCUGGGCGAGCACGCGCAUGCCACCAUUGCCGGCAAAAAGCCCGCAACCAAGAACAAAUCUGACAAAGGCAAGAAGAAGGACGCCAAGCCCACUGUGGUGGACAUAGCCUUCCGCGACUGUCUGAUCGGCCUGAACCCGCUGAACAAAUCUUCAAAGCUUGUUGUGGCGCUCACAGAUGCGCAGCUCCACGUGUCGCUAUCAAAUGGCGAUGAUGCCGAGGUUCUGGCUACGCUAAACAAGUCUUCACUGCUUCUAAUUGAUGACGUUGCCUUGUUGGACGGCCCACAAAGCUCGAGUUCAAGACGGAGAUCGUCCAGCUCAUCAACGCCUCAGAUUGUGGAGCUGUGUCGCAAGGGCUUUGUGGACAUAUGCUACUUGUCAUCGGCGAAGGUGACUGUACAGGUGGGCACAAACCGCAGCGAUGGUAACAAGUUUAUCGACAUCGAGGUCCGCGACGACCUGCUAGUCCUGGAGACAUGCGCAGAUUCAACACAGACACUGAUCGCCUUGGCGAAUGCUUUAGCACCACCAACGCCACCCAGUAAGGAGACCAAAUAUAGGACAAAGGUGGUGCCCGUGCAGGAUCUCCUGGCCUCAAUCUCGGCAGAUGCGUUUGGACAGGCUGAGGGCGAGUAUGACUUUGAUGAUGACUUUGGCCUGGCCCAGGAGCUUGGCGGACAGUCAGACGACGCAAUCGACUCCGAGUUUUCCAGCCAGUCGAGUCCGCUGGACGUCAAUUCGCAAUAUUACGAAGACCCAGGCCUCGAUUCUUCUCUCCCAGGGCUGGACCAAUCAUACAUGUCUGACAAGACUACCUCUCGCGACACCCAGGAUGGAGUGCUGCUCACAAACUUCAGCAGCCAGCCGGACGACACGAUUGACGAUGACGACGAUCUCGUCAUCCACGAGAACUACUUCGGUCAAGGCUCGGUAAUACAAGGUACUGCUCAUCGGUGGAACUCGGCCAAAAAUGAGUACGACGAGGCGAACAACGAGAAGGCCGGGCGAAGCCCUGUUGCGGUUCGUGUUCGUGAUGUACAUAUCAUCUGGAACCUCUUUGACGGAUACGACUGGAGUCAUACCCGAGACGUCAUCUCGGAAGCGGUAGCGGGCAUCGAAGCCAAAGCCUACGAACGCGAGGCGGGGCGAGAUCGAUCACGACUAGGCGGCGAACCUGAGAUUGCAGAAGAGGAGACCGUCAUUGGCGACUUCUUGUUCAACUCUAUAUAUAUCGGGAUUCCCGCCAACCGCGAUCCCAGAGAGCUUGCUGCAGCAAUCAACCAGGAGCUCAACGACAAUGCAACCGAGACAGAGUCAAUCGCAACAACAGCGAUGACCGCGACUCCAAGCCGGCAAGGGCAUGCGCAAAGGAGGAAGAGACUCAAGUUGAACCGCAGCAAACGACACAAGAUCACCUUUGAGCUACAAGGCAUCGACGUGGACCUUCUCACUUUUCCUCCCGGGUCUGGAGAGACACAGAGCUCCAUCGACGUGCGUAUUCGAGACAUCAACGUGUUCGACCAUGUACCUACGUCGACAUGGAAGAAGUUCCUGACCUACGACCAGGAUGCCGGCGAGCGGGAGAUGGGGACGAGCAUGGCGCAUCUUGAGAUCUUGACCGUUAAGCCCUUACCAGAGCUCGGUGCAUCAGAGUUUGUGCUCAAAGUGACUCUUCUGCCGUUACGGCUGCACGUUGAUCAGGACGCCCUUGACUUCAUUACCCGAUUCUUCGAGUUCAAAGACGAGUCUGUGCCAAUUCAUUCAUCCCCAAGUGAUAUUCCGUUCGUGCAGCGAGCCGAAGUCAACUCGAUCCCUGUCAAUCUCGACUUUAAGCCAAAACGCGUGGACUACACCGGCCUCCGUUCGGGCAGGACCACUGAGUUCAUGAACUUUAUCGUUCUUGAUGAAGCCCACAUGGUGCUCAGACAUACUAUUAUCUAUGGAGUCCGCGGGUUUGAUCGGCUCGGGCAGACACUCAACGAUAUCUGGAUGCCGGAUGUUAGACGAAACCAGCUUCCAGGGAUCUUGGCCGGCCUUGCCCCCAUCCGCUCAAUUGUCAACGUUGGCAGCGGGUUCAAGAACCUCAUCGAGGUUCCCAUCAGAGAAUACCAGAAGGACGGCCGCCUCGUGCGAAGCAUAGGCAAGGGUGCCGCGGCCUUCGCCAAGACUACUGGCACCGAGAUUGUGAAACUCGGUGCCAAACUCGCCGUCGGUACGCAGUACGCGCUCCAAGGCGCCGAGGGAAUCCUGGCCAAGCAACCCGAGUCUUCAAGGAGCGAUCAGCAGACGGGCUGGGACGAUCUCUACAAUGCCGACGACUACGACGCCAACGACGAAGAGGCCACUAAGCAGAUCAGCCUGUACGCCGACCAGCCCACUGGUGUUGUGCAGGGCUUGCGUGGGGCAUACUCGAGCCUGCGCCGCGAUCUGAAUGUCGCCAGGGACGCCAUCAUUGCUGUGCCUGGAGAGGUCAUGGACAGUCAGAAUGCGCAGGGGGCAGCCAGGGCCGUUCUACGCAGGGCGCCGACAAUCAUAUUCCGCCCUCUGAUUGGAUCGACCAAGGCUAUUGGGCAGACGCUCAUGGGUGCGACGAACUCUCUGGAUCCGCAGAACAGGAGGCGUGCUGACGAGAAAUACAAGAGGCAUUGAUUGCCUGCAUAGUUGGAGAUCGAGGUCGACAAGGGAGAGGCGCCGUAUACGUUGGCGGUAAUCUGAAACCGUGCUUCACGAGAGAUCUGGGGUGCGCAGGUAGAGAACACACGAGAAGGACGUGAAGGGGGAGGAGAAGCAUGGAGCUAGGAGGGGCUCAACUCACAAAACCCCAGCCCCCCAGCUCGUAGCCAUUCGGACACACAUUUUGUUUUCUCCUUUUCUGCUUUACUUGAUGUUUUGCCUCUAUUUCCCACCAAGCAUCGCCCCGUCGCACUACAUAUAGAACACACACGGGGCGGGCGACAUGACACAACCCCCCUGCAUGACUCACGAACCACCAUUCUAGCACUGGCAAGCGAGCACAUUCUCGUGUUUUGUAGUUCAAUUUUCAAUCAUCUCAAUCUCUCUG